AUGAUCAUCUCCUAUGACGGGACGGUUUCUAUGGAUGAGAACCUGAGAGUCUUCAGCACGUGCCAUAUGGACGUUCACAAGUUCCCCUUUGACACACAGGAGUGCAACAUCUCCAUCAGUUCUGCAAAUCACUGCAUUGAUGAAAUGCGAAUUAUUCCUAUUUCAAACUCCACUCGGGCUACGCAGUUUUCCCACCAGGUGAUCAAGACUCAGGGAGAAUGGGAGUUUCUCCACCUGACUGUCAGCACCCAGAACUUCAGCUUUGAAGAGAGGAAGUGGGAGAUGCUCACAUAUGCAUUGAGACUGAUUGGGUUCGUGCGCGGUAUGGGGUACGGACGUCUCUCCACCCCAGCCAGGUGCAGCUGGUUUUGGAUUUGGAAGCUCUGGAUAAAAAUGCAGUCUGAGGACUUCAGAGGGGAGGGGCUUCUGCUGGGACUGGCUGUCUUGUUCAACGCCAUUGCUGCACCGCGGAACUGGCUGCGCGCAUCUGCUCUCCCCUUUUGA